CCUCAGCCAGGCGCGUGUAGGGCGCAUGCGCACGACGCCCGCCUCGAGCGCCUGGUUGGAGACUCGUGCGGUCGAGGCCCAGAGGGAUCCGGGAAUCCGUCGGUGAGCUCGUUUCCAUCAGAUUUCCCCUGAUUGAGCGAGCAGCAGGAAUCGUCAGGAUGUACACCGCCAAAAAAUGUGGGAUCCGAUUCCAGCCCCCCGCCGUAAUCCUCGUCUACGAAGGGAAGGCGACGAGCCAAGUUCGACAGCGAAUCAUGCCGGUCCGAAACUUUUCCAAAUAUUCAGACAGCAGAAGAGCCGCCGAACAGCUGAAGAACAACCACCGGCACAGGGAAUACCUGGAGGACGUAUCCCUCUGCCAACUGGAGAGAUUAUUCAGUGUCCUAAGAGGUCACCUGCGGGGACGGAGCGUGGCCCAGACCGCGGGACAGCUCCAGCGGGAAACGACCGUGGAUCCCGAGGAAGACCUCAACAAACUGGACGACGAGGAGCUCGCCAAGCGCAAGAGCAUCAUGGACGAGCUCUUCGAGAAGAACCGGUUGAAGGAAGACGACCCCAACUUCGUCUACGACGUCGAAGUCGAAUUCCCUCGGGGCGAGCAGGCCUGCGGCUGGGACGCGGAGUCCGCCGACGAGGAAUUCUGAUCCCGGGGCCGGGGAAGGGUCCGCGGGGACAGGAGGAAGAACGGGGAGCGGAGGGGGACACGAAGGGCCCGGAAGGGCCGGGGGACGGCGUUCGUCCUAGGCAGGCGAUGAAGAAACCGACGGCUGACAUUGUCUCAUUCGUUCGCUCAUCCAUUCGGUCGUAUUUAUUGAGCGCUUACUACGUGUAGAGAGCAGCGUGGCGCAGUGGAAG